UGACGUGCUGCAGAAGGUAGUGGGAAAUGAAGAAGGUGCUCAGAGUAUACGGCGGCGUUUUGAGGCUAGUUCGGCUUUUGCCGGCGGACACGAGGCCAUACUACGCCAAGUACGCGAGGGAGAACUUCGUUAACUACCGUGACGUCGACGUAAGCGAAACACCCCUUGAUGAACUCUUCCAACGGGCUUAUAAUCACUCAAUAUGGGUACUCAAAAAGUAUUCAAUCGACGAAUCUGCUGCCAAGAAGCUAAAAGAGAUUUGUUUUGAAUAAUCACGCACACCACCUGUUCGACGUUAUUCCCAUGAGAGAUUUCGAACAAGUUUUUUUCUAAGGCUUCAGUGAUUUGUUAAACGGGUACCAUCAAUUAUACUACUUUUGAUCUUAGUGUAAUCAAGAACAGAGGUUGCUCAUAUGUCGUUUUCUUUCCUUUUGUUUCUCUUGACUUUUGCUGCAGGCAUUUGUUGACUGCUCAAUCAGUCAUGUCUUGUUUGAGUAGUUUCUUGUUUGUUUGCUUCAUCCUCAAUAAGUCGCUAUGAUUUUUACA